GGAAUGAAUGGAGAGGGGCUGACCACCAGCGACCAGGCAGCGGGACAAUGUCUCCCAACUUCAACAGCACACCGUGUAAAGUUGAUCAGGAGGCUCUCACCGGUGGACUAGCCGUCUUAGAGGCCGUGGAUGAAGCUUUUUAAAUAUAGUUUCAUCCAUUUCCAAUCCACAGUGCCUGAGUGAGCUGCGCGGACGGAGCUUCAGCGACAGAGAGGCUUUUUCAGCGGACGUCGAGGAGAUUUCUCUUUUUUUUCGCAUGUGUGCAGCCGGCAACAGGUUAUUUACACCUACUUUCCAUUGUAGCCUACCGUCUUUUGUUAUCUCACCCCGGUUAAGUUUCACGAUAGUCACCGCUGCAUGUGUUUUUUUGGCCACUCUUUUUUUUUCUGCCUAUUCACCGUGAUGCGAGCUGCAGCUUUGUACUCGCCACAGAGCAGAUCUUCCGAGCGCACCGCGGUUUGGAAAAGGGGCUUCUUCUGAAAUAUAAGGACAGAUGAGCAGAAUCGGAUGAUGGCAUAAAGGAGACUGUUGAAAUUAUCAUCUGGGAAUUUGCACUGAGCCUGCCACAAGGACAGACAGACGCGAUCUAUGAGGAGGUGUUAAUUUUUUUUGGUAAAGAAUUGCAUGCAUCGAUGGUGCCAAACAAGUGGACCAUGAAUUCUGUUCUGCACAAAUCGCCACCAAGGAGCUGGCUCGGUCUCAGAUUACGACUCAAUGAUAAGCCUGUCCAGGAAGAGGAUUGGGUGGGGUGCCAGUAUCCAGAGUGUCCUGAGCGCCGGCGGGCAUCUAAGGUUUGCCACCACCCAGACUGUCAAGACUUGAAUAGCAAAAGCCCCCUUCACCUGUGUGAGUCAUGUGACUCACGCUGCCAUUCUGAGAACACAGACAACAUGCACUUUGACCGGCACCCCCGAUUUGACUUGCAACCCCAAGCCUCCAUCCUGGCCCGGAACGUGUCCACACGCUCCUGUCCCCCACGCACCAGCCCCCCCUCUGACCUGGAGGAAGAGGAUGAGGGGGGCAACGACCGCGGGGAGCGUAAAACAGGGGGGAUGAAGUUGGCAAAAAAGAAGACAAGGAGAAGACACACUGAUGAUCCCAGUAAGGAGUGCUUCAGCCUCAAGUUUGACCUCAACGUCGACAUUGAUACUGAAAUUGUACCUGCUAUGAAAAAGAAAACCCUGAGAGAGGUUCUAGGGCCAGUGUUUGAGAGGAAGGGCAUCGAGCUGUCUCGGGUCGACCUGUUCCUGGAUCAGUCCAAUACUCCACUGUCCCUCAACUUCGAGGCCUACCACUUCGGUGGACACUACCUCAAAGUCAAAGCGCGGCCAGGUGACGAGCUGAAGGUGGAGCAGGGUGUGAAGGACCUGCGAUCGCUCAGCCUGCCCAACAUGAAGCCCUCCGGAGGCCAGAGCCCCUACAUCCUCACCCCAGGCAGCGAGAGGGUAGAGCACGGAUCCCUGGGGCGGCGCGAAAGCGUGGACCUGUUGGGUCAGGCGCGGCAGAGGAAGAACAUGACAGCGUUCCUGGGGGAGACGAACAUCCCAACCCCGGAUGGUCUGGGGCAGAUCGGUGGCUCUCUGCCCAGUGUCGGAGCUGGGCCAGACAGCUGGAAGAACCGCGCUGCCAGCCGCUUCAGUGGCUUCUUCAGCUCCAGUGCAGGAGCAGGGGCUUUUGGCAAGGAGGUGGACCGAGUGGAGCAGCUCCAGAACAAGCUACACUCCUAUACGCUGUUUGGCUUACCCAAGGUACCACGGCAGCUUUCCUUCCACCAGGACUCAUGGGAAGAGGAGGAGGAGGAGACCAACCUGACCCUGGAGGACAGUUGGCAGACGCUACUAGACAACCCAGAGGCAUUAACGAGGCGCCAGUUCCACCAGCAAGAGGCAAUAUGGGAGUUGUUGCACACUGAAGCUACCUACAUAAAGAAACUCAGAGUCAUCACUGAUCUGUUCCUGUGUGGGCUGCUGAACCUGCAGGAGAGCGGUCUGUUGGUUGAUGUGGAGCCCACCAAGCUCUUCAGCAACAUCCAGGACAUCGUCCGACUCCACACGGCCCUGUGGAACCAGGUCAUGCUGCCCACCCUGAACAAAGCCAGGCAGGCCAGGGCUCUACUUGACCCCGUUGACCUCCACCACGGCUUCAGAACGUUUGGCUCCAGGUUCCAACCAUAUAUCCGCUACUGCAUGGAGGAGGAGGGCUGUAUGGAGUACAUGCGCACACUUCUCAGGGACAACGAGCUCUUCAGGAUCUACGUCACGUGGGCAGAGACCAAUAAGCAGUGCAACCGUCUGAAGCUGGCCGACAUGUUGGCAAAGCCUCACCAGAGACUGACCAAAUAUCCCCUCCUACUGAAGAGUGUUCUCAAGAAGACAGACGAGCCAUCAGCCCGCGACAUCGUCAACAGCAUGGUGGCCACCGUGGAGGAUUUCAUCAACAGCGUGGACUCCCAGAUGCGGCAGCGGCAGGAGCAGCAGAAGCUGGCCACCAUCUCUGCCCGUAUAGACUCCUAUGAAGCUGUAGAGGGCAGCAGUGAGGAGGUGGAGAAGAUCCUUAGGGAAUACAACCGGUUUGACUUGAUGGCUCCCAUGAGAGGUAUAAGACCAGAGGAGACGCGACAGCUCCAUCUUGAGGGAGCGCUGAGAAUGAAAGAGGGCAAAGACAGCAGGAUGGACGUCUACUGCUUCCUCUUCACGGACCUGCUGCUCAUUACCAAACCCGUAAAAAGAGUGGAGAAAGUCAAAGUCAUCCGCCAGCCACUCCUCAUUCACAAUGUCGUCUGUAAGGAGCUCAAAGACCCUGGUUCAUUUAUCCUCAUCUACCUCAAUGAAUUCAAGAGUGCAGUGGCAGCGUACACUUUCCAAGCCAACAGCGCCACCCAGGGGCGAAGCUGGAUAGAUGCCAUCUGCAAUGUCCAGAACCAGCUCCAGAGGCUUCGUACUGAGGAAGUCCUCCGGCAGCAGAGUAGUCUGAAGCAGCGUUUAGAGGGCGAGGAAGAGGAGGAGGAAGAAGACGAGAGCAGCAACUCCACUACGAGUUCACCUUGCCUGAAACACAAAGACCCGCAGAACACAAGGCAAUCAGAUGGUUCUACCGAGACCCUGUCUGUGAUGGAGAUUGACGAACCCGGAGAACACCAACAAACACCCACCCCCAACACAGACCCAGGGGGACUCGGUGAGAAAGAUUGCAACUCAGGCUUGCCCAUCUUAUCUGAAAGGCCUGAGGUCCAGCAGUCCCAGUCCACAAGCCCCCAGAGACCACACUCUGGUAUUUACUCAGAACAGGAUCAGGAGGUGGGACCUGCCAGUGAGGAGCUGGACCCGCAGUGUCGCUCUCUCUCCAUGGACAGUGCCUACGGUACCCUCUCACCUGAGUCGCUCCUGAGAGAGCUGCAGUCACGGCCUGGCCAAAGCGAAGGAGAGGAGACCGAGGAGGAAGAGGGGGAGAAGGAGGAAGGCCAGGAGGAGGUAGAGCGGGAAGAAGCAGAGGUAGAGGAGGUGGAGGAAGAGCAGGAGGAAGAAGAAGAGGAUGAGGAUUCAGCAUCGCUGGGAUCCCAGCUGUCCGUAGUCCAGUCUUCGAAACCCCGGCGGCGGCCUCACGUUCAGCCACGGCUCCACUGCCUCCAAAGGCCGUCCACUCUGACCCUGUCCCGCUCUGAGGACAAUCUCCUGCAGCGCUUCCAUGAGAAAACCCCCGCAUCCCGCACACAUACACUCAGCUCUGAUACCCGGGACCAAACAAAAUGUCGGGAAAUGGACAUUGCCAAGACGAUGGCACACAGUAGGAGCCUGUCAGAGCUUAGCCAAAACUGCAUAGAGCUGUUCUCGAAUGACCUUGACCAGUCAGAAGACUACUUGAGCAUGAGCAUGCCUUCAGACAAACUCAGUGCUACCCUGAGGAAAGCCGAGGCCAGGCGUGUCCACAGCGCCCUCACUGGGCCAUAUAAUGAAUCUCAAGGCAACAGCUCAGACGGGGAGACAGCACCAUCUGCCUCCCUGGAUGGGAAGUGUGAGUUAACAGCCAGUGGUGGCCCAGGGGAAAGGUCACAAAAAAACAAGAAGUCUCCAGCCCAGCAGCACAAGAAGCUGACACUAGCCCAGCUCUACAGGAUACGCACCACUCUGGUCCUCAACUCCACGCUCACCGCUUCGGAGGUAUAACCACUCUGGCAGGCUUCUGACCCAGUGGCAUGUGGCCACAAUAAGGAACAACACUUAGUUUUGAGUCUGCGUGAAUGGACUGAACUUCUUGAGACACAAAUGCACUCUCUCUCACUGCCCUCUCCCUUCCCAUAGUUUUUUGGACACUGUCCGUACCAUUUUUGCAUUUGAACAAAAAAAAAAAAAAACUAUCCUUUUUGCUGUUGCAUUGGUUUCCGGUUAUUUUUUUUGCAUGGAGGGGGAGUGGCGGGGAGACAUUAACUGCUUGCACUUUGUAACGGAAGUAGCAUUAAGGGGCUGGGACCUAAAGGUGGACUGUGGAGUGUGCAAGGCUUGGAGGUGCUACCCCUGCAGAGAGAGGACACAAACAGAGGAGAUGGGGCCUUCAGGCAAAAGUCGUACAAUCUCUGCUGCCUCCGAAUUGGAGAAGAGGUGGACAUCGAGGGACACAGAUGGGGAAGCCAAGCACCUUCUCCGUCUCCUCUAUCGGAGUAGAAUAGAGGGGCACCAAGUCUUGAAAAUACCCUCUGGAUGUGGAUGAAAGCAGCACCUAGGACUUCCUAGCAUUUGUACUACUCCUAGUUUGCUUCAAGAAAAGAAAACAAAUGAAUAUUGCACAGUUAUCUUUGUUAAAUAGAAGAAUCACUACGGAGUGAAUUUACAUUUACCGUUACACAAUUUAUUGUAUUGCAUUUAUUGUUUGCCGUUUGUGUCCUCAUGUAUGUGAGUGUGUGUGGGUGGGUGUGUGUGUUUGUGCACGCGUGACAGCAAAUGUCUGAAUGUGUGACUGAACGUGCGUUUUUGAGCGAAUGAAUCGUGGUCCUUGAUUCCUGACUGAACCAAACUGAUUUCCAUCUCCUGUGAAUAUGCUAUCAUGCCCAAAGAUGGGAGACCUGAGUAGCCAGUAGAAUUCCAGCAAAAAGUGCACCCAAAGACAAGUGAUCCAGCAAACGACAGAAUAGAAAGAUGCUUUCAGUUGCUGUGAUUGUCCCAGCUUACAGAGCAUAAAAUAUUGCAUUUCAAUCAGUAUAUUGAUCACUAUUAGUGAUGGACUUACUUCCUAACUGUUAAUCGUAUGGUUGAACUAAUGCCAUUUGGUAUGAUGAACUAACGAGAAGAUGAGUUGGUUUCCUGUCAAGCAAAGGAGAGGAAAGGACUCUGAGUAUUGACUGAGUAUGGGUGAAGAAAGUGUGGUGAGAAAUUUUCUGCACUAAAGUAUACUGUUGCUUGAGUGUGCAGUCACCCCAGAGGCCUAAAUGUAUUAAAACCAUCACAUACACAAAAUGCACAAGAAAGAACCUGGUCAUUGGAGCAAAAAAAAAGAAGACUUCACUCAAGUAUUCCAUGUGUUGGAGCACCUUUUUUUCCAGAGACAUUUGACGUCUUGUGUUUCUUUAAAAUGGUAACCGUAAUAAGAGAUUGAACAUUAGUUUGGGUUGGAUAAUCCAUGUACUGAGUGAAUAUGCAGAGGUGACUUUAGUUGAAUGGCUUUCUCCAUAUCAGCCUAAUAGGAGUUAAAAUAAAAUUUAAAAAAAAAAAAAAAAACAUCUUGUUAAUAUUCACACUGAUGUUUAGCUUUCAGCUCAAUGAUUUAGCUUCAAGUCCUAUAACGUUAUUCCAAAUGUCGCCCAAACCAAAUAGGUUAACUUUGUUUACUUUUAGUUUUGUUUAUGUGUAAUAUUUAUUACGCCUGCUAUGUUUUAUAUAUAAGAUAUUGUUUAUAUUGUUUGCUCAUGAUUUGUAAAUUUUUUGUUGAUGUAGUCUUAAUAAUUUGUUUUUCUUGUCAGGCAUAAAUGUGCUACAAACCAAAAUCGUUUGUUCUCCCUUUCAGGAAUGUCUCUAAAGUGUCUUACAAAAAUAAAAACCCUAAAAUAUUU